AUGGCCAGCAAAACGUCCCAGCAGAUCACCUGGCUCUUGAUUUCAAUCAUCGUACUCUCAUCCCUUUUGUCGCUCGUUCUACCAACCAAGCUGCUCCGUCUAUUACCAGUCAUAUCAUCGAUAGUCAGCCUACAAUUCGCUUACGACGAGUAUGCCUUCCUCUCUUGCUGGACAAUACGUCAAUACCGAGCGCAAGCAAAUGAACUGCUGCCGCUUUGGUUCACCAACUGGGGACCGUGGGGAACAAAGGUUGUCUUUGGAAGCUUUACUCUCAGUUUGGCAAGCGGAAUCGCGAAUAUCGUUACUUCUGGGGCACAGAGUGUCGUUCUCUUUUACUUGGCUGGAACUGUAUUUGCGGCAGGUCAUCUACUCAUCUUUGGUCCCAAGGCAGUCGGCCUGCUUGCCAGGAUCAGGCGUAAUGAUACUAAUGCUUCUAGUACGGCAUCAUUAGAGCUGUGGUUGGAGAUGCACCUGACAAGGUCUUUAGUGAUGGACUUACCGGCUCUUGCCUGCUUCAUCACCGGGUUCCUUCUCGCUACGGAGCGUAUUGUAUAA